AACUUAAAUAGAUUGACUGUAUCUUUAUGGAUCGCCUUGAAUAUAUUAUGUGGGCCACAUCCAACAGAAAAUGCAUGUGUAUAUGUAUAUAUAUACAGGUAAAACAUCGUUCACUUGGUUCGGGCCGCACCCGAGAGUGACUCUAAUGGAUCCGGAGCUGGUGCGAGAAGUGCUGUCGGAUAAAUCCGGCUGCUUGCAGAAGCCCAGAAAUCCCCUGGCGAGGCUUCUGGCAUCCGGACUCGCAGCUUAUGAAGGUCAGAAGUGGACCAAACACAGAAGAAUCAUCAAUCCUGCUUUUCACUUGGAAAAACUGAAGCACAUGAUGGCCGCAUUUUCGCUCUGCUGCGACGAGCUGAUCGAUAGGUGGGACGGGCUCAUCGGUGGUAGAGGGUCGGGCGAAGUAGACGUGUGGCCCGAGCUGCAGAGCUUCACCGGAGACGUGAUUUCCCGAGCUGCGUUUGGGAGCAGCUACCGCGAGGGGCGGCGCAUUUUCGAACUGCAGGAAGAGCAAGCUCCGCUUGUCAUGGAAGUGCUUCAAAGCCUAUACAUCCCUGGCUACAGGUUCUGAAUUUUCAAUGAAACAUUGUCUUAAUAGUGCUUUUAAAAGAAGCACCGUAAGCGAAAACUCUGAAUAGAGUUAGAAACUUUUUACUUUUGGAACUCAGAAUUUCAUUUCAGAUUCUCGCCGUAAUAGAAGUUACAUAAGUCCCGUUGUUUGCUAACACUAUACUCUUUAAAUUAUCUCCAUCUAUUGAUUUUCUCUUGUGCUCAAUAACGAGGUGUCAAAAAUAAUUCAAAAAUAUAACCUCACAUUUUUGAGUCUCCUAAUGAGUUUGUAUAUUACAUGUAGAAGCUCUUUGAUUUUAAGGUAAACUUCAAAUACCCUCUUGUGGUUUCACACGUUCUCACUUUAAUAUUCUGUGGUUUAAAGUGUAUCAA